GAAUGUUUUAGUUUUUAGUGUAAAUAUUGCUGUUUUUUGUGUAAAUAAAGUGUGAAAUAGUGUUUUUAUGGUGCAAAAAUGUCGGCUACUUUACGUUAUCGUGGUGAUAAAAACAAUUUAAUCGAAUUGGCCAAGAAUUUAGAUGCUUUUAAGAAAGUGCCGGAAAAAUAUACAGAGACCUCAGAAAUUGGUGGCACUUUAUCCCUUAUCAGUCGUUUACUGAUUAUAUUCCUAAUCUACAAAGAAGUUAUGUUCUAUAAAGAUGCCAAAUUAAAAUAUCAAUUUGAGGCAGAUAUAGACACGGAAAAAGUGCAAAUGCAUGUGGACAUAACCGUAGCCAUGCCCUGCAGUUCAUUAUCAGGUGUUGAUUUAAUGGAUGAAACGCAACAAGAUGUUUUUGCCUAUGGCACCUUACAACGUCAAGGGGUAUGGUGGCAAUUAACGCCAGACGAUCGUGCCGCCUUUGAGCGCCAACAAUAUCUGAAUCAUUAUCGUCGAGAACAAUAUCAUUCCAUAGCUGAUAUCCUUUUCAAGGAUAUGAUUAAGAGCAAUGAGGCACAUGAACAGGCCUUGGGGGAUAAUGGCAAACCGGUGCCGGAAGAUCAAUAUGAUGCCUGCCGUUUGCAUGGUACUUUGGGUAUAAAUAAGGUGGCCGGUGUUUUGCAUUUGGUGGGUGGUGCCAUGCCGGUGGUUGAUCUAUUUGGUGACCAUUUAAUGAUUGGUUUUCGUAGAAUGCCGGCAAAUUUUACUCAUCGCAUAAAUCGUUUAAGUUUUGGCCAAUAUUCCAAGCAUAUAGUGCAGCCCUUGGAGGGUGACGAAAUCUAUAUAACAGAAGAAGAGACCACCGUUCAGUAUUUUCUUAAUAUUGUACCCACUGAAAUACACAAUACGUUUUCCACCAUCAACACCUAUCAGUAUUCGGUAACCGAAAAUAAACGGGUAUUGGAUCCUGUACAAAAUUCAUAUGGAAAUCCUGGCAUUUAUUUUAAAUAUGAUUGGUCGGCUUUGAGAAUCAUUGUGCGCACCGAUCGUGAUAAUUUAAUACAAUUUAUAAUACGUUUAUGUUCCAUAAUAGCGGGUAUUAUAGUUAUAUCAGGCAUUUUAAAUUAUGUAUUGGUUUCCAUGCAUAAAAUUCUUUUGCAAUCGUUUGCUCCUCAACUGCUGCACAAACGUCUCAAGGAAACUCCCGAGCAUAGUCCUUUAGCUCCAGCAACAUUACCAGUACCCGCUCAUUCCUCUGUACCACCUCCAGUUGUGGUCACAAAUGAUUUGAUAAGCAAUGCUAAUAAAAUGUCUGCCCAGGUGACUGCUAUAUUGCCCACCAACUCCAAGGAAUAAUUAUAUUUGUUAUAUCUCUUUCUAAUACUAAAGAAUCUCCAAAUUUUCUCAUGUUUUGUUUAUUUUUUAUUUUUGUAAAUUGUCUUAUUAUUAACAAUAAAAAGUAAUAAUAAAAUUAAAAAAAAA